AUGAAAAUUGAUCGUUUUGAGGUUCUGCUCAGUAAUGAAUCGCAGAAACCAUAUAUCGGCGGUGAAACUUUACAGGGUCAGAUAGAAAUUAAUGUCAGAGAGAAGAUUAAAAUUGCCAGAUUGACGGUUAAACUUGUUGGCCAAGCUCAAACCAGUUGGCGUAACAAGGACAGCGAUUUAACUUAUGAAAGUAAUGAACAAGUGCUCAAUGAAUAUAUUGAUUUAACCAGGUCUUUGAUUAGUCACUGCGACGAUAACCUUUGCUUAACCGAAGGCCGUCAUAAUAUAUGCUUUCAAGUCCCGCUACCCCUUGAUGUAAUCUCAUCAAUUGAAAAGGAAGGUUACGGGUGGGUACGAUACACAUGUAUUGCAACUUUAGACCUUCCCGAAGAUGAAACUCGAGAAAUGAUCGCAGAGCGUAAUUUCUCGGUAUGUUCGGUGCUGAACCUGGAUGCUCCUUACAUGAGACAACCAGCUAGCAGCCGUGAAGAAGCAGUUGUUACCGGUUGUUGUUGUAAAAGAAAACUUGGAGUUGUAUCUGCACAAAUGACAGUAGCCGAUAUGGGCCUUCUUCCGGGUGAAACUGUGCAAAUAACGUUGACAAUUGAAAAUGGUGUCAAAAAACGGAAGUUCAAAAAACGACGAGAUAUGGCUCGUGAAUGUGUUUUAAUAUCUCUAUGCCAACAACUUGAUUUUAUUUCACAGAAUCGAUACGAGCUCCAUCUUUAUGACAAAAAAUCGCUCACAAUUGCUGUUGAAUCUCAUGGUACCUGUAAAGCUAGUCCAGGUAGUGGACCCGAGACGAAGUUUAUUGACUUUACCAUUCCGCCGGGACUUCAACCGACGUCCACCAGAGCAAAUGGCCUUAUAACGAUAAGCUAUUUUUUUAAGUUAGAUAUGCAUACCUUUGAUGUUAUUGUUCCAGUUAUAAUUGGUUCUGUUAAGACACCAGAUUCAGCUUUAAGUUUAGCGCAAUAA